GCCGGGACGCCAUUUUAUUUCAAAUUAGACGGCAAAAGCAAAGGCGACGAAGGUGUAGGUAGUGGCUUUUUCUUGUCUUUCUGCGUGAUCGCCACAGUUUUAAGGUAACGCUAAGACGCGUUGUUUCUACGGCACAUCUACAGACGCGUCCGUCCUGAGGGAGAUCGCGGCGUCUGAGGCGCACUUUGGUAGUGGGAGUCGAUCUGGGCCUUUGUGGAGCGCCGUGCUCCGGGGUUGAGUUGAUGUUCGACUCUGCUCUGCGGCCCAUGAAAGCCUCAGAUUCGCAUGAAGUGAAGUGGACGGAGGGAAGAAGACUAACGCUAGCUCCAACGACCUGGAGCCCCACCAGCGAGGGGAAACUGAGAGAGAGGGAGGCUGAGACACUCAGCUGUUUGACGACAAAGAGGUGACACUUGUGAGAGCAGAAUGGGAGGAGGAGAGCGGUACAACAUUCCAAUUGCCCACCCAGAGCACAAUGUGCCCAAGAAGAACCAACAAGGAGGGGGCAAAAACCGGGGAAGGAGCCACAACAGCUCAGCCCCGUUGCGUGCUGCUGCAGGACCAGCAGGGGGCCAGUCACACAGCCCCCGCAGGGCAAACCUGGGUCUCGGUCCCUCCUGGUCUCCCGAGAUGCGGCAGGCUGUGUCUAUGGAGAAGCCUGCAGGUUUUGGCCAGGCUUGGGACCGCUCUGUGUCCCAGCUGAAUGUGCUGCUGGCACCCCAGAGUAGCCAUAACUAUGCAGGGGCCAAAUUCAGCGAGCCUCCGUCCCCGAGUGUGUUGCCUAAGCCUCCCAGCCACUGGGUGGCGCUCUCCAUGGCUCCCUGUGACCACCGUGAAGUGAUGGCCUUUCAGCUGAAGAGUCUCCUUAAGGUCCAGGCCUGAGUAGACUCUGUGGAUCAGGGUGCCCUUUCAUUGGCUAGCCUGUCAGGAACGACACGGUGCUGUAAUAUGCAUUUCAGCAUGGUUUUAAGAACUUUUUACACUGUCUCCCAGAGGAAGGACUGGCCGUUUGGUACUUAUCCCUGCGCGCCUUUUGUUUUGGAAGUUUAUUUAUAAUACAUUUUAGCAGUUAUAUUACAGCAGCGUGCCCUUGCUGAUAGGCAGAUGUCUGAGGGGGGGCUUGUCUCUAAGAAUGACAAACUUUCAGCACUGAUGCCAUCUAUCCGACGGUCUGUUGGUGCUCUUUCGUCCCAGUUGGGGUGGGGGGUGGGUGGGGUUGGGUCCUCAGAAUUCGGCACACCCUGUUUUAGCCAAACGGCUUAGUGAUAAUCGAAAGUAAGGCAUUUUAUGAAAUGGAUGCGGCUGCAGGACCCAUUGUUUCUAGUUUGGACAGGGCUCACGACCUGUGGGACUUGAACUGCUGCCGUUUUAACAAUACAUCUUGGGUAGGUGGUGCUCAAACCACAGGCUCUCGUGCACCCUCUCUUUACCGCGCUGUGCGCGUUGCACUAUGAGGGUUGUCUGUUCGAAGUCCCUUUGUUACUGGACAUUUGCACCAAAGCGUUUGUUAGUUUCUCUUUCAAAGUGCCAUGUGAAACGUUACGCAGCACUCCGGGAGGGAUAUAAAGUCCCAGACAAGUAGUUUGUUUAAAGCAAUCAAAUGUGUCACCAUUCUGCCCCCUGCACUACACUAGUGGCAGGUAUUGCGGAAGGGGGCCGGUCUCAUGGGAACGAGGUGGGCAUUGUUUCUCGUUUGAGGUUUGUUCCUGUGGUUUGGCCCCACCUGCUGCGCUUUGGGGGGUGGGGGGCAGACCGUGACUCUUAGGCCUUCCAGUACUCGCCCGGUUCACUGCCUCAGACCCCACAAUGCUUCUGUUGUGCUGGCUGGUUUGCCUUUCAGACUGUUUGCUUUCUCAUUUUGGUUUUUGAGCCCUGUACAGCAGACUUUGGACUGUGGUGUUUUUAUUAGUCUUUUCUUGUCUUUGUAUAACUUCAAAGCGAUUAUGGCCAUUUAAGACAAGCGUGUUUAAGAGCCGUGUAAAUAAUGAAAUGUAGAGGUUGUAACAUAUGUACAUUUGUGCAGUGGUGUCUUCACCUGCUUGGACAAAGUAUUUUUUACUAAGAAACAGUGAAUGUAAAAGUCAUGCUGAGCACAUGGCUUCAUUUGAGAUGCUGAAGACUAUUUUUGUUAAAAAAAAGAAAAAAAAUUAAAUUUUAAAAUUAAAAAUUUAAAGUGUAAACCCAAGAUGCACACUGCAUCUCUGGCACUGGGUGGCGGUACCAGAUAUAUUGCACAUUUUAAUUGUUUUGAACAGUGUGAUUGGUAAUUGCAUUGUUUAUAAAGAGGGUUUUUUUACAUGUUUCUAGAAUCACCAUGUAGUUUUCUGUGCAAUAGUUAACUCUGCGUCAUUUCCAUUGGUAAGGAGCCUCUGACACCAUCAAUUAUGAGCUGAACUUCCGCCAGGUCAUAAUUUGUAACAUUUUUAUCUGUCAUAAUCUGUGACAUUUUUUAUUCUGUAACUGCCGUUUUACACUGUGUAGUUCAAUUCUGAUUUAUUGGUUUAUGCUUUUAAUAGGAACCUUUUGAUUGGGUCUUUUGUUGGGUGUUGUUCAGACGAGUACCAAUGCAUGUAAGAAUUCCCUCUUUCUAAAUUCGCCACCUUUGCUGUUCUGACCCAAUUGGCUGUUAAUUUGUCUCCCCUCUGUCUCUCACAAGUUUAAUGUUUUUAAGCCCUAAAGGAAAUACGAGAAUUGACAUUCAAAAAAGAUGAAGCGCACUCUAUUAAAUUGGCUAAACCAAAUGAAUAAAUUCCCUCCCCUUUCCCCCCAAA